GACCGCAUGAAUCGAUGGAUUCCACACCGCGACGAAUACCUUGACAACAUGCUCGCACGCGAAGCGCUCCCCACUCGCCCAGUACCAUGUGUCGGAUGCUGUGACCCAGCGUCUACGGGUUUGUACCGCUGCCAAGACUGUUGCGGAGGCCGGAUGCUUUGUAAAGGUUGCAUACUAGGUGCUCACCAAUGGCUUCCGUUGCAUCAUAUUCAGAUGUGGGCAGACCGCUGUUUUCGCUUGGUUUCCCUUCAAGAACUUGGACUGGAGGUGCUGCUGGGUCAUUCUGAUGGCAAGCCUUGCUGUAACUCGGUCAAAGGACACGCAAAUUUCGUGGUCUUCGACUCCAAGGGGUACCACUUGGUCACUCUCCUGUUCUGUGACUGCAGACUGCUGGACUCGCGGUCCCAUAGGGACCAACUCCUCGACAUCGGAUGGUAUCCGGCGUCUGUCGUACAACCACAGACUGCGUUCACAUUCCGAUUUCUUGACACUUUUCAUCGCCUCACGCUUCAAGGCAAAAUAUCGCUUCACGACUAUUACCUCUCGGUUAUGCACAAAACCGACAACGCCGGUCUCAAAACCCGAAUCUAUCGGUAUCACGAGGCAGCUCUCGCUGCACGGCAAUAUGCUCACCUAAUGGCAGCGAAGCGGAUGGGUCGCGGGCACGAUCCAACUGGCAUUGGCGGCACUCCACAAGGCGGCCUUGCGCUUCGCUGCCCGGCAUGUCCGCAACCGGAUUGGAAUUUGCCAAAGGGAUGGGAGAACAGUCCACCGGAGAAGAAAUGGUUGUACGCGUUGUUCCUUGCACUAGACGCCUGCUUCAAGAUGAAGAACAGGGACAGGAAGAUCGACGACCCCGAGCUUGGGGGUGGUACAGGGUAUUUUGUUGAUGAAGCAGAAUAUCAGGCGCACCUCAAACGUUAUGUUGAGGAGCCCGAGAAACUCGAUCCAUGCGAUUCGACAUUCCACGCCAUCAAAGCGGUGAAUAGCAAGAAAGCAUCAAGUGACGUCAUGUCCGUUUCGGGCGUCGCUGCUGUCAAAUGCGCAAGACACGCGUUGAUGGUGCCGAACGGCGUUGCAGAUCUCCAACGCGGCGAGAAAUACGUUACGAUGGACUGGAUUUUUUGGUCCAGCCUUCUUCUGGUCGGGGCAAUACUUCCGGUCAUUGCGAGCUACGACAUUGCGUGUCAAUGGAAACAAAACCUUCGCCGCCGGCAGUCCAAGCUUCCUGUGUCCUAUGCGGCACUCGCCGUUGUCACGAUCCGAUUCUUCAUACCGAAUUUCCAUAUCAACGGACAUAAACUGAAAUGUCAAACCGAAUUCUAUUUCCUCCUGCAUGAGGACGUCGGACUGACACAUGCCGAAACCGUGGAGCAAGAAUGGGCGCAUAUCGGCGGAGUCGCGACGAUGACUCGCGAUAUGGGCCCGUCAGCUCGUCACCACACGCUUAACGACCACUGGACGUUCUGGAACUUCCGCAAGAUGAUAGGAUUUGGAGACUGGUUCUAUCGGUCGCUCACCAAUACCCUGGACGAGACGCGAACACAUCAAGAAGUUCUUCACGAAUUUACGGAACGUUUCCCAAAGGAGACUAUUCAGGACUGGGAGUCGAUGAUACGGCGGUGGGAGCAAGAUCCUAAACAGCCAAAUCCUUACGAGGAGAUCGAGGAAGCCAUCAAUGUCAACAAAUUGCGCGCCGAACUUGCUAAGGAGGAUGCGGCGGAGGCAGGCCAACCCGACGCAACGGCGCUACACGCUACGUCCGGGAAUAUGUUCGUCCAUCAAACCUUCUGCCUCCUCGAUCAGCGUCGCAAACUCCGCCAGCACGCGGCGGAUACCAAGGCCCAUGCUACCGAAGCUGCAAAGGCCACAUUGCAGGAGCGGCGCGCGGCAUUUCGCCGCCGGGUCUUCGAAUAUUACCAAAUCCAGAAUAUCUACAUGCCCGGUUAUAUAGAAGAGCGCACAUCUCAACUGGGAGAAGACGACCUUGGCUCGGGUGACGCAAUCAACGCUGAAAAUCUCCCAAUCCUACUUCCUUCCGACCUCAAGGCCAUGCUGCGUAGCAAAGGAUGCCUUCCGGGGAUUGUCGACACCGAGAAGCGCUACGCCGAGGCCCUGUUGAAGGACAGCUUGGUCAAUGUGCGGCGCUUUCAGCGCCUCGUGGCCUCGGUACGACAGAAAAUGAAGCAUACCGCCGGUAGUAACGUAGGUCAACGGGAGGGAACAAGGUCCCGGUCCCUCAUGGAUACGGUGGCCGCAAAGCUCAAUCGCGCAUUCGACACGUAUGGGUCGGCGUAUACCGCGAUGCGAUCCCUAGACCCACGCGGCCCCUGGUCUCUACGCUUCCGGGAAUUACGCCGCGAGGAUCUUCGUGGCCCACGUCGUCAUGAUGACAGUGCAUACUCUGAAGAGCAGCCCUCGGAGACUCACCGAACGCCGUCUUGGAUCUGGACCGUAUCGAUAACUGACUACUCUACCGACCACACCGAUUUCGAGGUGACCGAGGCGGCCGACAGCCGAGCUAUGGAUUUGCACAUGCGGAGCGAGUGGGCGCGCCAGCGCGCCAGGACGCGAAGGCACGUGGAGGAGAUCUGCCUUCUGGUGGAGGAAAUGCGGCGGGUCUUGACUUACCUUCUUGCGAAAGCUGAUUGGUGGGAGACUCAGGGACAACGCCGCGUCCAGAGUGGUGAUUCAAAAGUCAAGAGCAAUUCUCGAUUAGCUCAUGGCCUACUCGCAUACGCGUCCCGUCAAGCCAGCAUUCUCCGAGACCUUGCUAAGGUCUUUGCGAAGUUAUGGCUCCCGCCGCUGAAAGUCUACGGCUUGGGUCAAGAUUGGAUCAUUAAGCUUGAGCCUAUUCUAAUCACUGACCCGUGCGAAAUGGAUGCGGCCAUGAUAGGUGAGUGA